UUAGUUGCAAGUUCUGCUGGGCUUUGAAGUUGAGGCCUUUAGAUACCAUCACCGAGCGUUCGAUCAAGAAUCAAGUAUCAACCCCCGCCAUCAGAUUUUCAUUAAAAAGCCGACAUCUCAAACUUUGAGGCUCAUCCAACGGUCCAAACUUCAUACACGUCACACUUUAGAACCACCAGAUUGCCCCAUCCGAUCCCUUAUCCUGCGCACACUUCAGGUAGACUCGCGCAUACUCCUCUAUCACCUAUCACCGUAGAUGGCCGCCGAGUUACAGCCACCGGAAGUCCCAAUCACCAGUAUAGCCACCUCAUCAGCCACAGCAAUUGCGCCGGUUAUAAUACCUUCUGAAACCGAGAACGCUGGUCCGCCACCUCCGGCCCCGAAACGGCAACGCCGGCCCAGCGUACGUCUCGGUGAGAUCGGCGACCAACCGGCUACUCUCGCAUACGAAUCGCACAUGCGUCGCACCAAGCACGCCUGGCGCAUGCCUAAAGACUCCUCUAAAUCUGUCAAGGCCCGGUCUUUAACCAAUCUCGUUAACGGCAACGAUAGCCUUGAAAUCCAAGAACCUGAAGGAAACACUCAAAACGGUGAAGUAAAUCUCGAGUUCGGGCAUCGUAAGAAAGCGAAGAGAGCCACGACAAAGAGAGUAAGAUCGAAUUGGACAUCGAAGGUCGAAGAAGGGGUAGCCGAUGGAGAUAGUAGAGACGACGGAGACGAAGGAUUUAGGGAUUUCGAUCAGGACUCAGAUAGUCCACUAAAGGAACAAAGUCCGGUCCAUUCUAUGGAUAACGUCGCUCUCGAUAUGUGGCACGGUCAUCGGAAAACGGGUACGGGUCGGGUUAGGGUUUCGGAAAGUAGGGAAAAUGAUACAAUGGAAAUGGAUAAUCUCCCGGAUUCUGAUUCCAGGGACCGAAAGUGCAGUACCAGUGAGGGUGUAAGGACGUGGCUGAUUGAAUUGGGUUUGAGCCGAUACGCACCGGUUUUUGAGGUGCACGAAGUUGAUGAUGAGGUACUGCCAUUGCUAACUUUGGAAGAUCUUAAGGAUAUGGGAAUAAAUGCUGUGGGUUCUCGGCGGAAACUCUAUUCUGCAAUUCAGAAGCUUCGCAAGGAGUUUUCUUGAGGUUCUUUUCUUUCUUUUCUUUUCUUUUUUGUUUUUUUACAUAUUUUUAAUUUUGUUAUAAAAACUGUAACUUUUUACUCAUGAAGUGGAAGAAGAAAAAAACUGGCCUUGUAUGAAUUGUGAUCCUUCUAACUAAUAAAGGCAACAUAGUUUUGUUACGAGGCUUUAA